AUGGACAUUGAGCAAAAGCAAGCGGAGCACAUAGACUACUUUGUGAAGCAGGCGUCGGAUCUAAAGGGCUCAGCUCUGUCGAAUGUCGUCGUUGAGGCCACUUCCCAUCCUUACCUAUUCGCUUUCUCUGAGAUUCUCUCCGUUCCUAACGUGCUCGAGCUUGAAGGAACUGAGAACAGUGUAUUACUCGAGUUGCUUCGCAUAUUUGCACAUGGAACAUGGAGUGAAUACAAGAGUGUUUCCAGUCAUCUUCCUCAAUUGGUUCCUGAUCAAGUUCUCAAAUUGAAGCAGCUGACUGUGCUCACUCUGGCUAAGACAACCAAGGUAGUAUUGCCAUAUGAUACAUUGAUGAAGGAGUUGGAUGUCACCAAUGUACGUGAGUUGGAAGAUUUUCUGAUUAAUGACUGCAUGUAUGUGGGGAUAAUCAGAGGAAAGCUGGAUCAAUUCCGAAGAUGCCUCGAGGUGCAAUUUGCAGCAGGAAGAGAUCUUAGGCCUGGAAAUUUGGGUAGCAUGAUUCAGACUCUAGCGAACUGGCUAUCUACAUCAGAAAGCCUUCUUGGUUCAAUCCAAGAGAAGAUAAAAUGGGCAGAUACUAUGAAUGAGAUGGGUAAGAAGCACAGGAAGGAAGUCGAUGAAAGGGUGGAGGAAGUGAAGAAAACGCUUUCUUUUAAGGCCGAUGCUGAGUUCAGAGCGCACUCUGAGGAACUUUUUUCCGAGCACGGUGGAGUGAUGGACUUUGAGGAAGACCGUAGUAUCCGACCCAAGAGGAGACGCCACCCCAUGGGUUGA